CCCUGGCAGGUCUUCAUCUACAGCCCCGUGCGCUGCGGCGGGAUCCUGCUGCGGGACCGCUGGGUGCUCUCAGCCGCGCACUGCCAACGGAG